UUUACAAAACCACGCCCUUUUGUUUGGUCGUCCAAUCAUUAUAGCGCAUUGCUAGAACGGGACAAGUAGACUUUUACAGGGUACCACAUAUAUAGAAUACAUACAGAAUCAAUAGCUAGAGGGAACAGAGAAGUUAGUAUGACAUAAACCACCGACUAAAUACGACACUCGCGUUGAUCGGGUUCAAGUUUGUUAUCAUUGAAGCUAAUAAUUAAAAAAAAAGUGAUGUCACAGCAGAUAAAAAGUGAUUUGGAAUCGAUUACUACCGAUGAUUGUGGACUCCACGUGAACUCAUUACCCAACUGUUUUCCUGAAAUUUCAAGCUGUGUAACAAUGAAGUACAAUGCAUAUGAACGUACAUACAAAAAGAAUAAAUCUUCUCUUAAUACAAAUUCGUUUCGCAUUGAAGCUUUAUUAGCCUGUAACGAAAAGAACAUUUGUGACAGUAAUGUUAAAAACAAUGUGUAUCAAACGGAUGAAUUUUACAACAGCGAAUCUAAUUCAGGUACAUUAUCAAGUUCAUCGGAAACAAGCUCAUGUAUAAGCCCAGGAUGCGAGAAUGAAAAAGAUUUUCUGGAAGAAACCAACAUAACCUCAUCAGAUUUUUCAAAGAAUCGAAUGUUUGCUUCAUAUUGUAGUGUAUUAUCUCCAAAUAUGAUUGAAAUCGCGCCGUCAGUUUCGGAAAAAAGUGAUGCAUAUCCGAGUCUUUAUGUAGAGAACAUACGAAACCAAUUUAGUUACAUUCAACUGCCUGCAAUGAAUUUGUCAACACAGCCGUAUAUAUAUUAUCCAAGGCUUUCAGAAAUUGAUACUGCAGGUAAUUUAAUAAUACGUCAAUACAAUGUUUGCUUUUUAAUGUUUAUAGCAGGCCUGCCCAACCUUUUCGGCUCAAUUUUCACAUUUUUGAUCGUCAAAAUUACAAUUGUUGAUUUUGUCAUGGUUUCUUUGAUGGAAUCGGUUCUCAGAUGACUAGUGAACAUAACUUUACCAAAAGUUUGAAAAAAUAUUUAUACAAGUCGUUUUUAUCUACAUUUUACGGCAAAAAUCAAUCCGGCCCGCGGGCCGGACCAAUUUUUCACUUAAAACUUCACUUAAAACUAACGACCCGCAAAAAUAUUUUUUCAAACUUUUAUCAAAGUUAUGUUCACUGUUCAUCUGAGAACCGAUUCCAUCAAAGAAACCAUGAAAAAAUCAACAAUUGUAAUUUUGACGAUCAAAAAUGUGAAAAUUGAGCCAAAAGAGUUGGGCAGGCCUGGUUUAUAGGUACUAGAGUUAAAAAAAAAGUUCUUUGCAAUUCCACAGAUCGAAAAUUGAUUUUCCGAAAAUUGUGCUGUUCUGAAUCUUUUGUGUCAGGGGCAACUUUUGGCUUGUGUGUGUGUGCAAAACCAACCGAACGGGACCACGCGGGCGCUUCUUACAAAUUGAGUUUUUUCCAUGUAUUUUAGAUUUUUUACAAUCUUUACAUGCAAAUAACUCGCAUAGGCAUAUGAAUAGCUUCGGUGACCCAUUUCUACGCAGGCUAGCCAUAGCUUGAAUCGACAAGCCCCGCCCCGCAUCAAUCGGAUUCAUACGUUAUUUAGAACUUCCGAACCCUUGCCAAGUGGACAAAUACCCAGCGCAUAUAUAGUUAGAGCAUGAGCAUGAGCAUGAGAGACCACCCAUGGAUGCCCCUCCAUUGCUGAACAGAACUGUUGUGAAUGCGGUUGGGAGGAGGGACAGGCGGGACGGAAAGAGAAGAAACACUGUGCUAGUAACUGACUAAACUAUUUAAUUCCACUAGUUAAUAUGUAGCACGAACACUAAGCACAAUGUUGUUUCUUCUGAUGUUGGUGGUGGAAUGACGGAUGUUGUUGUUGGUUGCGCGGCAGCUCAGCUGUCAGCGCGCACGACCAGUGUGGUGCAGAACAGGUGACGUCAAUCCUGGCGCGCAGUGUUGCCAAGAUAUGACAAGAACCGUAAUAUCCUUUCAGCACUACUGAUCAUAGGCUUCGACGAUCUAGUGGUGUUUCCCUUAUCAACAGCAUGUAUGAAUGCACCCAGUGGCGUACCAAGGGGGGGGGGCACCAAGCUGAUGGGGUGACACCUGACUUGGACGAAGAAAAAAAUAUAAUUGACCUUAAAUAUGUUCAUAAAAAAAUCAUCAAGUAUCCAACUAAUAUAAACAAAACAUACAAGGCGUCAUCCAUAAAGUAUGUCACGCAAAAAUCGGCCAAAAUUAACCCCCCCUCCCCCCUAUGUCACACUUUGUCACACAAGGUUGAACCCCCCCUCAAAAAGUACGUCACAUUUUGCCAGACCCCCCCCCCCUUGUUUUCGAUGGGAUUUUUUAUAGCUUUUACAUCAUUAAACUUUCAUAAUUUUGGUAUUUUUGGCAAUUUUAUUAUGAAAAAAAUGUUAAAUUAUUCUAAUUAUACAUUUUUUAGGAUAAACAUUGCAAUAUAUUUUUUUUGUAUCUUUUUAAAAAUAGAAGACCUGGUAUAACAUUCAAGUAUUAAAAAAUCUUGAAAACUUGUUUUUCAAAGCUUUGUAUCUAAUAAGUUCAAACCAUUUAAAGCAGUUUUCUUAUGAACACCCUGCUUUCAAAGCAUUUAUUUUUAUCAAGCAAGAAUUUGCAAAAUAUUAAAGUUCCAGCUGAAAAAAGUGACUAUUUAAUAAAUUAUAAUGUGAUACCGACAUUGGGUCUGGGGGGUGAGUUUGGGUCAUACAAAAAUGCAGAAAUGUGUAUGACCCAAUCUCACCCCCAGACCCAAUGUCACCCCUAAUGACGGUACUUCUAAAAAAUAGUAAUCAAACAAUUUUAGAAAAGAGGAUUUAAUUAAAUUGUGAACAUUUUAAAUUAAUAUUAUGCAAUCAUAAAAAAAAACCUAGCGUGACGUCACAAUCUCAAAAAACCCCCCCUCCCCCCUUCGUCACAUCUUGUCACACCUUCGGUAACCCCCCUUCCCCCCCUAAGAGCGUACGUACUUUAUGGAUGACGCCAAAGUUAAAUUUUCUGAAACAUUCAUUUUAGAUGGGGGUGACACCCAAAAGUAACACUCAUGUUUUAGAAUAUGUUUACAUAGUAGGGUAGAGUAGUCAUCAAUAGGCUUAGUGAUUUUUCACGCUCCAAAAUUGAAAAUUUCACGGGGACCUCAACUUCAAAACAUAAUUCUGAAAAUUCUAUGUUUAAAUCACAGAAACUACUUUUUAUGCUUCAUUAUGUAUUAUUAUGUAAAAAAAUCUUUACUAAAUUUGAAUGCGACAAAAAAAAUUCUUCCAAUUUUCAAAAAAAAAAUCCUCCUGGUUAUUAGCCCAUCCAAUAAUAUAUAUAUUUUGAAACAAAAUGUAGGGCACGCGUAUUCUCAUUUACUGAACUGCUCUUUUAAUAUUCGACUAACAAAGCUCAAAUGAUUUCGCUGAUUUGCUUCUGUUAUAUCAUUUUACAUUUUAUCGAAUUUCAUAUCAAAGCUAGAUUUGUCCAGUCAAAAUGAGUAAAAUAAAUUGAAUUUUCUGCGUCAUUUAUCCCAUUAAACAUAUUUUUUAAGGGUUUUAGCUCAUUUGUCAAAAACUAAAUUUAUAAACAUUUUGCAAAAAUAAUAUAAUUUUUAACAAAAUCGAAAUUUUUAUUCUAAAUGAAAACAGAAAACAAAAAGGAGUAUUUAUCAACUUUCAAGGGAAUCAUCCACCCUAAUAAACAAACAUCGUUAAAAUUUAACAGGCCCAAAAAAAAUUGUUAUAUUUUUAAAAUAUGAUUCCAAAGAUAAAAAAAUAAUCCUAAUUUUAUUUUGAAUAAAACAAAGCUUGAUUCUUUUAAUUUCUUUCAAAACUAUACCUUUCAAAUAAAAUAGCACAAAAAAAAAUUCGAUGUUUGUUAUCGCAAAAUGUUUUUUUUUGCUAAAAUUUUUGUAUUCGUCAAAUCUUAAAUUUUUUGAAAACUAAUGGUUGCAAAACUACUGAACUAGUGUAAAAUGCAUUUAAAACACUUUUUCCAUGCAAAUGUUGAAACUAUGGCUUGUUAUUUCAAUAUAUAUAUUUUUUAUUUAUUUUUUUGCCCAUAUUUGCAUUCAAUGAUUCGAGAAAAUUGAUAAAUUUCUCGAAUUUCACGCCGUCUACGAAACCGUCAAAAAUCAUUAACCUUGUACACGGAACAAAAUCCGGCCGGCGGAUCCGAAAAAAUAAUGUGAUGAAAUCGGAAACAUUGAUUGUUUGCGAAAUCAUCGAAAAUGUUUUCGAUAUUGAGAAAAAUGCUUCCGCAUUUGAAACAAAAUGCUUCCGAUAUCGAAAACAUCAUGUUGCCGGCGCUCUUCUCUGUCUUGCCCGCCGCAGCCAGUGCGUUACGCAAGUUGUCAGAAUCAGCUGCUUCUCGCAAAUUUUGAAGUAAACAAACAAAACAAGUCAUCGCUUGAUCCCAGCCGGCCCGGAACGGUUGUGAAGAGGAUUAUCAACUGGACCGUGAAUUACCGUCACCACCGGCCAAGGCCACCGUCGAUUCCCCGCAGGGCUACUUUUAGUGUAAAGGUGCGGGAUGAUUUGCAGCGGAUUCUUGCACAACCAGAAAUAUUCACAUCAAAGAACCGACAGUCGUAAGUAUCGAAGAACCCAAAGUGCUCAAAACAAAAACAAAUGUGCCAAAGUAAUUAAAGUUAUCCUUUUCCAGCUCCGUCAAAUUCCAUCAUCAGAAUCGUCGAACGCGCUGUCGGUUGCGUUGACCGAGGUCAAGGAACGGAACAAGUAGAAUUGGAGUGUCCGGGAGGAUUUGGUCCAGUUUAAGGUAGCGUUUUCCAAAAUGAUUCGUUUGCGGUGGUGGCCAGGGUAGUGGAUUUCGUGGCUGCGGCUUUAGGACCGGAUCUGCGCAAGAGUAGCCUGCUGGUCAUGUGACGAUGACAUCGACGAUUCCAGGGACACCAACAGGAGCAUCGGUAUUGGCGGCCAGAGUCUACGCAUCGCGAUUACAGAGUGUGUUCGGCAAUCGCUUUGACAGAAGUGGUCCGACUGCUGUCAGAGAUUGUGUCCCGCCAGCCGGGCGUCCGGAUCGAGGGGCUCGUUCCAGGCGGACGAUCUUCUAACGAGGAGCCGAUCUUCGAGGUGAAAAUAAGGAUUUGGAACCGCAAUCGUGGCUUAGGCGCUUUCGUGUCAACUCACUGCGCGGUGCCAUCGAACUGAGUCUAAAUCCGGCACUGGACAUCAACCAGAUCGACGGACCGAGCACGUUGCACGCUUCUCCUCCUCCAACUGCAACCGCCGGAACUCACGUCACGGGGAGCACCAUACCAACGGAAUCGACGGCGCCCAGCAGUAUCCAGCUGCAGCACGGACAUCAAGGCAGAUUUGUCCUGCCAGAUAAGACAAUUCGACUUAUUCGAAGUAGUAUGCCGUAGUUAACAAUCAACGCAAUUUCCUAAUUUAUUAUCGAAAUAUGAAUAAAUAAAUAAAAAGUAAAACUUCUUCUUCUUCUUAUUUCCAUCCAAAUUUCGAAUAGCAACGGUCAAUUCAAAAAAGUAAACAUUGAAGUGGCUGCGUGCUGCGUGCUUUUGGCGGGUAGGCGUUACUGCGUUACGUUUGCGAUAUCGAAAAUCACCGUUUGCGAUUUUGGAAGCAAUGCUUCCUGCUGACGGGUGCAAACUGAGAUUUGCGAUUUUUAGAGCGAAUCGAAAGCAAAGUUUGCGAUUCCGCAAACCGGAUUUUCUUCCGUGUAUUAGAGCAAUUCUCUGAGAUUUCGGUUAUUCGAUUUUUUUUUGUAUUUUUUAAUCUGGCUGAAACUUUUUUGGUGCCUUCGGUAUGCUCAGAGAAGCCAUUUUGCAUCAUUAGUUUGUCCAUAUAAUUUUCCAUACAAAUUUGGCAGCUGUCCAUACAAAAAUGAUAUGUGAAAAUUCAAAAAUCUGUAUCUUUUGAAGGAAUUUUUUGAUCAAUUUGGUGUCUUCGGCAAAGUUGUAGGUAUGGAUAUGGACUACACUGAAAAAAAAAUGAUACACGGUAAAAAAAAUUUUGGUGAUUUUUAUAUUUAACUUUUUGUCACUAAAACUUAAUUUGCAAAAAAACACUAUUUUUAAUUUUUUUUUUAUUUUUUGAUAUGUUUUAGAGGACAUUAAAUGCCAACUUUUCAGAAAUUUCCAGAAUGGGCAAAAAAUCUUUGACCGAGUUUGAAUCACUACAGAUUUUUUCAAAAAAUCGAAAUAUUGGUCGCAAAAAUGUUGCAACUUCAUUUUUCGAUGUAAAAUCAAAUUUGCAAUCAAAAAGUACUUUAGUGAAUUUUUGAUAAAGUGCACCGUUUUCAAGAUAUAAGCAUUUUUAGGUAACUUUUUUGAAAAUAGUCGCAGUUUUUCAUUUUUAAAAAAUAGUGCCCAUGUUUGCCCACCUUCACGGGAUUUCGCGGAAAAAGCCAAAUUUCGCGGAUUUCACGCUGUCCGCGAAAUCGUGAAAUUUCACUAACCCUAGUCAUCAAUGAGACACGGGGAACAAUGAUCAAAUGGCUCUCACAAGUCGUAGUUUCAACCAAUCAGGCUCAUAUUUGGGGGAAAGGUGUGUCUACUGGAUACACGUCUGCCAUAUAAGUGGCUUUGGUUAUGGACGCUCCCUUGAAAAGUAAUUCAUAAAUGUUUGAUUGUGGGGUGUAAAAGUAAAUCAUGGACAAAACAUACUUUUUCGCUCGUAGGCUGCCAUUUACACCAAAACUAAUAUUUCUUCAAAUGUCUUUCGACGUUCCAUAGGGAUUAAGUUGGGCUACAAUGUCCUUUCAUUAGAUUUGGCCAAAAUUUAGAAUACACCCAGAAUCCAGGACUUUUCAGCUCAUGGGUAACAAUGAGACACUUUGAUUUUUCUUCAAUAAACUUUUCAAAAUCGAUGGAAAUCUUUCAAAACAUGAAUUAAAAGUGAUUUUUGGCAUAUUUAUAGAGUUUAAACUUCAUUUAACCAAAAAUACAAAGUUAUUUGGUAUUAAUAUAUGGAUUUUACAAAAUUUAAAUACUUUUUAGUGAAACUUUUGUUAUUAAAAAUUUCAUGUUGGCAAAAUUGCUCUAAAAUGUUCAAGGCAAGUCACCUGCAAUGGAACAAUACAAAAACAUGAUUUUUUGCUAGAAAAAUGUUGAUUUUCGUAGAGUGUCUCAUUGUUCCCCAGCUGUCUCAUUGUUCCUGCCAAGUGCGUCUACAAUGAGACAGUUGAAUAACUCUGGCUGUAGAUAUCGGAUCGAUCUCAUAUUUUGGUCAAUGAUAGAACACAUUAAAAGAAAGAUAAUGCAACUAAAAGCUCAUUAAGACAUGCUGAUGAAAAAAUUAGAAAAAUCGUUGAAAGUUGAAAACCAAAAGUGUCUCAUUGAUGACUACACACAAAGAAAAAAUACUCUAAAUUUAAAAAGAUCGUUCGUUGGAUUAAAAGUUCGCGUUGGUGAAUAUUCGUAGAAAGUUCAAACUUUUUAAUUUAAACCAUCAAUACGGCUAUCCGUUCUUACGUAAAACAGGAUCAACGACUUUGGGACACAAAACUCCCCGAAAUCGAACUAAUGUUGAACACAACCACGCACUCCGCGACAGGAUUUACGCCGUUUUUUAUCACACACGGGCAUGAAUUGUCCGAACGUGGGUCAGAUCAUCAGCUGAUGAGGCACAACGAAAGUCUAACUGAGGAAGAAAAAGAAUCCCGUAGAAAGGAAAUGUUUUCAAAAUUGUAUGACCUUGUACGUCAAAAUUUAGAAAAAGCUAGUGAAUCAUCUCGUCACAACUACAAUUUGCGUUCGCGGAAAUUUGCCAAGUCAUUCGCCGUGGGACAGUUAGUUUAUCGGAAUAAUAUGAAGCAAUCUAGCGCAAUUGAUCACUACAACUCGAAAUAUGGUCCACAAUAUCUCCCCUGCAGAAUCAGAGCGACGAAAGGAUCGUCGUCAUAUGAAUUAGAAGAUCUUGAUGGAAAGAACUUAGGAAUUUGGCCGGCUGUUCAUCUCAAGCCUGGAUAAUCUCAUUCACAACACCUUUGGAUUUGUUGAGUUUUUUUUAUUUACCUAAAAUAAAGAGCAAAAUGGUGCAAUUUGUUAAGAUAGUUAUUAAUUUCACUUAGUUUAAUUCUACAUCCUCGCGCCAUGCAGAACAUUGUUUUGAUUUAGAUUUAUGUUUUCUUUCGCUCAAGUCAAAUGGACAAAAGAAAGCUUUGACGUUUCAUUUACGCCCGCAACCCAAGUGGCAAAUUUAGAUAUAUUACGUUACGAUACCAACAUUUCAUAAGAGAUUAUCAGUGCUAAAGUUUUUCCUAUUUAUAGGGAGUAAAAAAAUGCUUAAAUAUGUAAACUAAUGUCAAUUGUAAUCAACCCUUGAUAUACCACAAGGAUAAUAGACUAAGAAUAAUUGUUAUCCUACGUGCGUCACUAGGAAAACAACUUUAAAUAGGGCCCUAGAAUAGUUUAAAAUUACCUUGACUGCAGACAGGGUGAAACUAAAUAUAUAUAAUUAUAAAACAACAUAAAUUUUGGCGGAAUUCAAAUUUAGCCAGUAGAAUGUUUUUCCAAAAAGAGAAAUAUAGCUCGUUUCUUCACCUAGGAUAAAAUAAUAAUUUAAAGUAAGUUUACUUGGUCAGCAAUCCUGACAGAAAAUAAAAUGAGUUGAUAAGAAUUUCUAAAUGGUUGUGGGGAUCGACAUCUUUUAUCUGAUGAACCCUGUUCUUUUGGAGUUUGAUUGUAAAAUCGAUACAUAAUGAUCAAUACAAUUGUUCGCACAACUCGUCCAGACUGAAAAAAUCAAGUGAUUUUUAGUCGGUCUAGGGGAGAAAUGUAACCUUUCUCAAUGUUCCAUCUGGUUUAAAAUUAAAACACGGUAAAUGAGAACAAAUGAAAUAUUAAAAUCCCUUCUCCAAUCCUUUCCAUUAGCUGGUAUUGAGCCCUACAUGAGAUAAAAAUAAAAAUAAAAACAAGAUUUAAAAUACCUAUAUCUGGCUAUAAACAUCCUUAAACGAUAAGUUGAUCCACCCUAUUCCCAACAAAAUGCCAGCUAGAAAUACCCCCCAACCUUACUCCUCCAAUUAUGCCCGCUCGACCAAAACGUCACCGUGACAGACGUCGCUUUGGGUGGAAUAAGCACGUGACGACGGCGACGACGACGAGGACGAUGACGAGGAGGAGGCUGCUGGGUAUAUAAGCGCCGUCGUGCGACGUUGGCGCUCUCUUUUCGGUAAUCAACCCUAAACGUACCGUCCGCGUGUUCCCCAGUGAAACCAGUAUCUGCAUCUGAAGUGACCUCUAAGUUUGAGGCGGCCUGUGCUCAUGGUUUGACACCUCGACACCGGUCUCGAUCCCUCCUGCACUGCGGACGGGUACUUCCGGCGUGACCAGGCGGUUCACGUCUCCAUCUUCCGCUACCACGCCCGGAAAUAGUCGACAACUGACGCCGCUUCCAAGCCUCCCCGAGUGAUCAUCUGCAUCGUUCACCGGUACUUCCGGUUGUCUGCUAUCGCCCGGCGUGGCCAUUGACUUUGCCCCGAGUGCAAGCCGGCAGCGGAAGACACAUUCGGCCUGAGGAUCGCCGUCAUCUUUACUUCGUGCUCCUGAGGCUCCGGAGGGAGCCAUCAUCUACUUCUGAGGCGGCCACCAUCAUCGUCGUCACCGUGCUACUAUCCAAGUAAGUCCGUAGGAGAACAUCGCCCAGUUCUCCGAGCCAGAGGACGCAGCUGAUCGGGUCGCCAGCCGGUGGACAGUCCGUAGGGCUGCAUCGUGCUCGAUCAACGUGGUGAGUCCGUAGGGGCCAAGCUACCUCCCCGAGCAAGUGGACGCCAUCGACAGCUGUUCCGACACGUGGGCUGGGACGUCACCGGACGUCGCCCUCCGAGGAUCAUCCCGUGUCCAAAGCCCUCACCCGGUCGGGUUGGAGGCCAAGCGGGCCCGCUUGGCGCCGUUACGGCGACGUGGAGGACGGGUGUGUAAAUUGGGUGAGAUCCCCUCCGUUAAAACCCUAUUCCCUACCCCCACAUAAUAACAAAACUUUGUAAAAAUGUAUGAAUAUAAAUUUAUUUUCUUACCAUCUAAUUUUUUAACUUUUUUUCACUAACUCUGGUUAGUGUGCACCCUGAGAAACCCUUAAGUAGUUUCAGAAGGAAGGCCACAAAAGUGUCGACUGCCCAGCAAAGAAGAAACAACACAGUGAGAAUGCGAAUGUUGCUGGCUCGAGCGAGCGCAACAGUGUUUGUUUUGUUGGUGUGCGCGGGGCUGAGCCGCAAAAAAAGCAGCGGCAAGUGAAGUGAUUCCUGGACUCGGGAGCGUCCGAUCACCUGGCGCGGGAUAAACAGCUGUUUACGGACCUGCGUCGACUAUCGGAGCCGAUCGAGAUCGCCGUGGCUAAGAAUGGUCAGUCUGUUGUUGCGGAGCACUGCGGUACUAUGAAAAUGAAGGCGUUUGUGAAUGGACGAUCGAUUGAGUGCACAGUGAAGAACGUUUUGUUUACACCGCACCUGCGGCACAAUCUGCUGUCUGUUGUGCGGAUCGAGCAGGCCGGAAUGCGUGUUGUUUUUGAGAACGGAAAAGCUCAAAUUUACCGUGGAAACGAGCUGAUCGUGUGUGGUGCUCGUCGGAACAGUUUGUACGAGAUGGAUUUUCGUACUGUCGAUCGGGAAAAGAUGUUGUUGUGCGAUCGUGCACAAACAGAGCAUAAUUUGAUUGCUCUCGCUGAAUGUUACAUGGUGUCAACCUCGAAGCAGAUCGUUGGCAGAAAGUGCAAGAAAACGAUCAUUUGCGACACGUGCGGUGCAGGUAAACAAACACCGUGUGGAACUUGGGUUGAACCCAGUCGAGAAGAUGUCGGGUACGAAGCCGGUGAACGGGUUGAAGUCGGGCUGGAAAGAAAGCAGCAGAAUUUGGUGCGUCCGAUUGCUGCCGAUGCUGAUGAACCUGGUGGUGAUCCCGCUGAAGAAGAAUUUGGCCGUUGGGACGAAGAACCUGAAACUGAGCCGAAUGAUCGAGAAGAAGAAGAAUCCGGAACAGCUGGUGCAGAUGCAGAACCGGGCCGUGGACGCGGAUUCGCCUUGUUUGCUACGAGUUACAUCGACAACAUCACGCAAACGAUUGCUGAGAGGACGAAACCGGACGAGGUGAUUGAUUCGUUGGGGUGCAACAAAAAAUGUUCUUUGACGAUGCUCCCAAUCGCUCGCACACCGGUCACCUGCAAGUGGAGUCGUUGGAAGCGAGGUGACGGAGUUGUGGCUGACAAGUACGAGACGAACCGGAACGUGCCGGCUGGUGUUUUCGUUGGAUCAUCAAAAAGAAGAAGAACGCGCAGCCAGAUGGACUUCAGCAGGGGAACGCCCCGAGGUGUUGGCUGCGUCGAUUGCUGUGUGGAAGUGUAGACGGGAUGCUUCGGAUUGUCCGGAGAGUUGGAGCUACUGUUUUUGUAGUUGAGAUGGUGCUGUGGUUGAGCAGGGGUAUUGAAAUAACAACCACUGCCCCCCCCUCUUUUGCUGCGCUACUGCGCUUGACGUGAGUGACGUGCUCUUCCAGCUGUCACAGUCUGUUUAUAUAAAUAAAUGUCUUUUUCAACCGCUUUGACUGUACGCACGCGUUUUCGUCGUUCCUCCUGUAAGCCAUCCGAAACCUCUUGAUGUAAGGGGUUGAACGUGAUGCCGGAAGUGUUUGUUUUGAUUUGCGUUUGUUCGGAGAGGAAUAGAAAUUGCCGCAGCUGGAAGGAAAACAUUGCUGUUUAUGCCAACACGACAACACGGAAGAGGCCAGUGAAUUCCCGCAGCAAAACAGAGGACACUAGCUUGUCGGAAGGCAUUUCCGGCAUUCCGGGGAAUAUCGGCAAUUGGCUGUUGAUCGCGGCAGGCUCCUGUUCAAAAGGUGAGCUUUUUCUUUGUCAUCCAAUGCAAUAAAAUAAGUUCCCCUCCCAGUUUUCGUUUACCAAAGGGACAAAUUCCUCGGGUUAGUUUUCAAAGAGCGGUGAGUACUUAUUUAGAAAGCAAUGUUCCGAUCGAUCUCAAAAGAAAACAACAAUCAAAAGUCGUUUUUUGACGAAAUUAGCAAUUUAGUGUUGGAAGUGCGUCCUUUUGAAAAUCGUUUGGAGUUUUACGAAAAAUGCGACCAGAUUUUAAUACCAUCCCUUUACAGAUAUGCAACGAAACAUAACCACAGCGCUCACUCGGAGUCGGUGGAGCUGAAUCUUUCUGGAUGAGGAUAGAGGAUUUACGUUAUAAAACAAAAUCAGAUAAGUAUUUUUAUUUUCAUAAUGCAUGAUUAUAUUUUUAUAAGCCAUGAUUUCUCUAAGCAAAAAGUAUGCAGGGCACUUUUACAAAAAAAAGAUCUUUUCGACGAUCAAUCGCAGCACUUUGACAAUCUUUCACAGGUUCUUGAAGGCGUUUUCAAUCGAAAUAGAGUAAUAUGAAAAUAAACUAAUAGAAAGUUAUCAAGCAAGUUUCCAUCAGAAGUUUUGCAAAAAAAGUUAUUUAAAUAGUGGAAAAGACAAAUUGGAUGGGAAAGGACCGAAUAAUACACCAUGCGAAGUUGAGAAUUCGAUCCCUUUUCCAUCAAAUUUUGAAAAACUUCUUGAAAAACAUAAAAUGGAUUGAAACUUGCUUGCCUAACUCUGUGUAUUACUCUGUUUCAUUCGAAAACGUCUUUUAAACGCUGUAAUUUAACGUCAAUGUCAAACUUUCAGACCUCCAUCGUAUUUUAAAUUUUGAAUUGAUACUUUGUGAUUGUUCUCUUUCACAGAACCACCAACCGGAUUGCAUGGCCUAAAAACAAAAAUACAGUCUUCAAAAAGCAGAAAUUACCAACUUUAAGCAAAAUUAAGUCAUUCCACCGCUGUGAAGCCGUUUAAGUAAUGUGUUAAACGGAUGUUAGGAUUCUUCAGUUAACUUAAGGUAUGUUAAAAAAAUAUUACUUCCAAGUGAUCUUAUCACUGAAAAUAUUAAUUCAUAUCAGUUUGAAUAGGGCACUUAGUUAUUAUUAACGUAAAUUUUUCAUAGAUUUUAUACCAUUUGUAAAAUCCGACAAAAUGUAUACUGGGAGCAUCAAAAAUGAACUAAAAACUAACCUAGAAGCACUGACGAACUGACGUGCCACCAGGAACAAAUUUGUCGAUCAUUUUUGACCGCACACUGUUUCUUUUUCCUUCUACUAUUCUCUUCUUCGGCGAUUGUCAGAAUUCAAGUUUGACGAUUUGUCACAUCAGCUGUUUCCUUGCCGUGGAGGAUUCUGGAACAAAAAGUGAAAAUAGCGGCUAAGAGUUGGAAUGGAAGUGUACCGUAAAGUCUAAAGAAAAGCCUAAUUUGGAAGUUUAUAGAAAAUUCUUGCCUCAUUUCACAUUAAAUAAUGCAAGAUUUGCAAAAUAUUCAUCGUUUAGUUCAGAAUUUGCAAAAGUUUUUAGGCUUCAAUAUGUUUUCCCCCAUUUUCAUUUGUUGUUCCUGAAAGUUUCUCAGCCAGUGCAGCUGCGCAUCUGUCAAAUCGUCUGUUUGACAAUCGCCGAUCGCUGAGGGUGAGUGAGAAGGAAGAUAGGAAAGUGCGGUCAAGUUUGGAUUCGGGGUGGCACGUCAGUUCGUCAGUGCUAGAAGUCUAUGACAUUGCGUUAAAUUUCAAUAUAGAUUUUUGGGUUUUCGAUACAGAUAUACUGACUCUUAUUUUUCAAUCUGGCAACCCUGCUGGUUUUGAAAAGACGACCCAGUGCCAGUCGACAUUCGCGACCUUCGCGACAUUCGCGCACGCAAGCUGUCAAACUGCAAAAAAUCCUUCACCAGCUCGCUGAGCCAAUUUUUUUUCGUGAAAAUUUCGUGCUUUGUGUGCUAGUUUUGUAUCACACAUCCGUCAUCAAUGCCUGCCAUCGCCAGUGAAUUGUGCUUCGUAGGAUCGUGGACAUCCGUGGUGCAGAUUCGCAGCCAAAAGUUGUGGCCGAUUCGUUGCAUGCCAACAUCGGAUCAUCUUCGCAGGGCUUGGGUGGUGGACGACACUGGAGCUGUGACAAACACGAACGACGGAGCCACAAUCCUACGACUGCUUAAAGUUGAUCAUCCGGUCUCGAAGGUGCACUGUCCAAGUUGCAGGGCGUGACGUUCUGUGAUCGAACCAUCAGCAUCGCCGCCAAGCUGCUGAAGAACCUAAAAGAUUCACAACACUCGAUUAUCCAUCAGGCUAUCGGCUGGUAAUAAAUUUGACGCAUUGAAGUGUGGUGGCCAAGCGAGUGCUCGAAGGCAAAAGUGGUUGCCGGAGGUCGAGCUUCCACGAGCAGCAGGCCAUGGCCGAAAAUCACUGCUGGUGAUUCCAAAAACCUUCGCUAGAAAAACGCUGCCAAGGACGUCACCAAUCUCAUGAACAAUGAACAUGCUGUGCUGUGGGCCUGCCUCAAUUCCAGCCAGAUUUAAAUCGACCUAACCCAGUUCCAUCGUAACAAUCGGAUUUUGUUUAAUUCUACAGUCGGUAACACGAAAUUGUGGCUUUUUCAAGCUGAAGAUGGGCAAUCGUGGCAGCAGCUAGCCCAAAUUAGCAAGCCCGCUCGUCGCUGGGGAGAAGUGCAGCAAGGAAGGACUCAUAAGACGACAUCGUCACUUCAAAUUAUUACCCAGACCCGGAUGUCCGUGCAGCACGCCGACCGGCCUGCCGUGGCCUACCGACGAAGUACCGUUCUGUCUGUUCCGGGCAUGCUGCUGCUGGAGAUAUGCGCGAGGUCACAUGAUCACUAUCUUACACACAAAAAAAUAUUUCCGAAUGUUACAUCAUUUAUGAUGUAACACUUUUGCACGUCAUUAAACAUUUAAAUUUAAAUUCAAUUUGAUGUUAAUUUGCAACAAAUUAUACAUAAAAACAUGAUUUUACGUGCGAUUCAACCGUUUACGUCGAACCUCAAGUUUACAUCAACUGAGUUUACAUGUGAGCAAUUCUCUACCAAAACCGGAAAUGGAUUUUAUUCGUAUUUUUUGAUUUGACUCAAACUUUGUGGAGGCCUUCCCUAUGACCAAAUAUGCUAUUUUGUGUCAUUGGUUCACCCAUACAAGUCUCCAUACAAUUUUGGCUGCUGUCCAUACAAACAUGGUAUGUAAAUAUUCAAACAGCUGUAACUUUUGAGUGAAUUUUCUGAUCAAUUUGGUGUCUUCGGCAAAGUUGUAGGUAUUGUUGAGGACUUUUGAGAAAAAAAUAGGUACACGGAAAAAAAAAUUUGCAGAUUUUUUUAUCAACUUUUUUUUCACUAAAACUCAAUUUCCCAAAAUACGUAUUUUUUGAUUUUCGAGAUUUUUUGAUAUGUUUUAGGGGACAAAAAUCCGCAUCUUUUGAGCCAUAGAGAAACAUGGUCAAAAAAUCUGCCGCCGAGCUAUGAAUUUUUGAAAAAAUAGUGAUUUUUGGAAAAAAUCGAAGUUUCAUGCGAAAACAAGUUUGACAUUAUUUUUUAAUGCAAAAUUGAAUUUGCAAUCGAAAAGUUCUUUACAGAUUUUUUGAAAAAGGGCUCCGUUUUCAAGAUAUAGCCACCGGAAUUUUGAUUUUAACGAAAUAUUUGCAGUUUUCAUUUUUUAAAUAUAGUGACCAUGAGUGACCAUUUCUAAAAAUAUUUUUUUUGAAAAGUUCAGAAAAUUUGCUAUAAAAUUGUCUAAGAGACAUUGAAGAUUGGACCUCUGGUUGCUGAGAUACAGCGGCUUAAAGAAAAAGAAACACGAAAAUAGAAGUUUUCUAAGUCUCACCCAAACAGCCCACCAUUUUCUAAUGAUGAUAUCUCAGCAAUUAGUGAUCCGAUUUUCAAUGUUAAGGUGCAAGUAAAUGUGGGGGAUUUUCGAACAUGGUAAGGUUUUUUCUCAAAUCUUAUUACAUGCAAAAUUCAAGUACUCUUUGCUGAACAUUUUGCACUAAAAAAGUUUUUGAAAUUUUUUUGUAAUGCCGGGAAACUCUCUUCGACAACUUUGACUCAAAAUAUCUCCUAAUAGUUGUUAGAAAAGGUACCUUUUUUACGACAUACGAAAUUCGAGCAACUCAUCCUCUACAUUUUGUUCUUUGGGACCAAAUCUCUAGGAUGAAUAGGUUUUGAGAAACUCUCUUAGACAAAUGCAAACUUUUGAAAAUUUGCAUCAUUUCUGGUGUUUGUUUGUUUGUGUGUGCGCGCAUCUCAUGGCCUGCCUCCAACGCGCGUUCACAGCCGCCCGCCGGCAGCGCACCUCGCUGGUCAGCAGGAGUGUUGUUGUUCAAGCCAUGCGUGACUUUACUGAUGUUGCGCGGUGGGAGAAGUUUGGUGAUAAAUUAAUAAAUAUUUUUUUUUUCGUUUUUGUUUCUUUUGAUAGAUUAUGAUGUAGUAUACUGUAUAGUAUAUUUUUUUAAAAUGUUUUGCGACUGUGGUGUGGCCAGCCAAACAAAUGGUUAUGAUUUCUAAGCGCUUUGGAUGAAAAAGCAUGGGAGCAAGCUUGUAAUUAUUUUCAAAAGGUUGGUCAUCCAUGAACCCCAAAACCUUUUUUGGACCGUUCUGGCCACUUUGGAACCA